UAAAAAACUCAUUAAAAAAAAAAAUUUAAGAGUCUUCCUCGCGGCUUCAUCAUGGCGCUUGGCAAAUCUUUGGUACUAUUAACCCUUGUUGGGGUCUUCGUUUCUUUCACGGCCGCCGCUGACUGCGAUGGGCUGCCAGCUAACGAGAUGGUACCCAUCCCCCACGACGUCAACUGCUCCCUUUACUACGCGUGCUACAACGGCGACAAAACCCUGAUGACCUGUGACGAUGGUCUCCACUUCAACCCGACUGCCAAAGCGUGCGACUUCCCCGAGGUGGCCGGAUGCUUAAGUGCCGACCAGUGUACUGGAGUCAACCUGGACUACUUACCCUAUCCCGCCGACUGUUCCCGGUACGUAGAAUGCUUCAACGGGAAUUCGUACCUCAUGGAAUGCCCAUACGGGUACUACUUUGACUCUGGAACGAAAAUGUGCACUAUACCGGUUCAGUCGGACUGCGUCAAUCCUCCGUGGACUACUCCAAACCCGCUUUGUUGGAACGUGCGGCCUGAACAGACGGUACUGAUAGCGGACACAGACGAUUGCCAGAAGUACUGGGAGUGCCGUGGUUCCGUGUUGACUCAUGAGACGUGUCCGCCGUACUUGCUCUUCGACGAAUCCAGGCAAUUGUGCGACUUUCCCGAGUUUGUGAAUUGCGAAGGUCCUACGCCAACCCCGGAUCCUGAUUUCACCACAUCGGACACCGACGAUCCUCGCUGUGCUGACAUGCAAACUUCGUACUGGCCCCAUCCCACUCUCUGUGACGUGUACAUCGAGUGUUAUCGUGGGCACAGUUACCAGAUGGAUUGCCCACCUGGGCUUUAUUUCAGCGCCAUUGCGAAGAAGUGUGUGCCCCCUGGCCAGUCGGAGUGCGGGCGGACUACACCCACUGAAGGUCCUACGUAUCCGUCGGAUUGGACUGGGGAACCAGAUUGUCCUUAUCCUGAGUCUGAAGGAGAUCUGAGUCCUGUUCCUGGUGACUGUACGAAAUUCUACGAGUGUGCUGGGGGCAAAAAAGUCAGAUUUGAUUGUCCCCCGAAUUUGUGGUUCAGCGUUAACUACAAUGAGUGCGUUUAUCCAUAUCAGUCAGAGUGUACAUGGAGUAAGCUCUCGUUUCUAAACCGUAUAUAUAAAUUUGUGUUGAGGUAUUAAUGGAAACAUGAUGUGUAUUAAUAACUGUAGUUUAUUGGUUAAUUAAUACAUUAUGUGACAAAUAAAAGUAAACAGAAUCUUG